AAAUUAAGGAGACAGUUUCAUCUUAAUGGGAUGCACAUGCCUGGUGAUGUGGUUUUGGGUGGUCUGUUUGAGGUCCAUUACACCUCUGUCUUCCCUGAGCUGUCGUUCACCUCAGAACCAAAUCAGCUCAGCUGCCAUGGCUUUGACACUGCAGGGUUCAGGCAUGCCAUGACCAUGGCAUUUGCCAUUGAUGAGAUCAACAAAAACUCCAAUCUGCUACCUAAUAUGACCCUGGGAUACAGUCUUUAUGACAACUGUGCCACACUUGUGAUUGGAUUUAGUGCUGCGUUGUUGUUGGCCAGUGGUCAGGAGGAGCAGUUUCUACUUCGAGAGAAAUGUUUUGGGACCCCUCCAGUCCUAGGGAUUGUCGGUGAUUCCUUCUCUACAUUUUCUAUCGCCACCUCUGAUGUGAUAGGUUUAUUUAAUAUGCCAAUUGUGAGUUACUUUGCCACAUGCUCCUGCUUGAGUGAUAGGCAAAGGUUUCCAUCCUUCUUCAGAACGAUCCCAAGUGAUGCUUUCCAGGUGCGUGCUAUGAUUAAGAUUCUGAAACACUUUGGCUGGACUUGGGCUGGUCUGCUGGUCAGUGAUGAUGACUACGGACUCCAUGUUGCCCGAACCUUCCGAUCCAACUUGGCUCAAUCUGGUGGAGGUUGUCUAGCUUACUCAGAGAUUUUGCCCUGGGGUGAACACCCUGCUGAAAUAAAAAGGAUUGUGGAAAUAAUGAAGAAAUCAACAGCUCGUGUGGUCAUUGUGUUUGCGCAUCAGAUCCACAUGAUUCAACUCAUAGAAGAGGUGGUUAAGGAGAAUGUUACCAGCAUUCAGUGGAUAGCCAGCGAAGCCUGGUCAGCAACUGCUGUGCUCCAAACCCCACGCCUUAUGCCCUACUUGAGUGGCACUCUGGGCUUUGCAAUCCGCCGAGGAGAAAUACCAGGUUUAAGGGACUUCCUAUUACAAAUACGACCAGAUCUAAAACACAACAACAGCUAUGGAAAUAGUAUGGUGAAUCAGUUUUGGGAAUACACAUUUCAGUGUAGAUUUGCACCCCCUCAUGCAGGUUGGGUGGAGGCUGGGGGAUCACUAUGCACUGGACAGGAAGAUCUAGAGAGUGUGGGGGCUGAGUUGUUGGAUGUUUCUGAUCUAAGGCCUGAGUACAACAUUUACAAGGCGGUGUAUGCCCUGGCGUAUGCCCUCGAUGACAUGCUGCAGUGCAAGGAUGUCAUCGACAAAAGCGGACAAAACUGUGACACUUUGAAAACAUUGGAGCCAUGGCAGCUUCUGCAUUACCUGGAAAAGGUGAACUUCACCACAUCAUUUGGGGAUCAAGUUUCCUUUGAUGAGAAUGGUGACGCUCUACCAAUAUACGACGUCAUGAACUGGCUGUGGCUCCCCGAUGGAGGGACUAAAGUUCAGAGUGUGGGGCUUGUUAAGAAGUUAGCCUCCGAAGCUGAAGAGCUUACACUUGAUGAUGACAAAAUCUUCUGGAACUUUGAUUCCAAACAGGUGCCCCUGUCGGUGUGCAGUGAGAGCUGUCCCCCGGGUACCCGCAUGCUCAGAAAAAAGGGGCAGCCUGUUUGCUGUUUUGACUGUGUACCAUGCUCUGAGGGAAAGUUCAGCAAUACUUUAGACUCCAUGGAGUGCACAAGUUGUCCAGAAGACUUCUGGUCCAGUGCCCAGCGGGACCACUGUUUUCCUAAGGAAACAGAGUUCCUCUCCUACCAUGAGCCCCUGGGUAUCUGCUUGACAACUACCUCACUAUUGGGAACAUUUAUCUGUGCUGUUGUCUUGGGAAUCUUCACCUCCCAUCGCAGUACACCCAUAGUACGCGCCAACAAUUCAGAACUAAGUUUCUUGCUGUUGCUGUCACUUAAAUCCUGUUUCCUGUGUUCACUGCUGUUCAUCGGUCGUCCCAGGCUGUGGACAUGCCAACUAAGACAUGCGGCAUUUGGGAUCAGCUUUGUACUUUGUGUCUCAUGCAUUCUGGUAAAAACAAUGGUUGUUCUGGCUGUGUUCAAGGCCUCCAAGCCAGGUGGAGGGGACAGUCUGAAGAUGUUUGGCGCUGUGCAGCAGAGAGGGACAGUUAUGGUUCUUACUUCUAUUCAGGCAGCAAUCUGCACUGCUUGGAUUGUCUGUGCCUCUCCAGCUCCCCAUAAAAACACUCAAUACCACAAAGACAAGAUAGUUUAUGAGUGUGCAGUUGGGUCCACCGUUGGUUUCGCAGUAUUACUGGGUUACAUUGGUUUAUUGGCUAUCCUCAGCUUUAUGUUAGCGUUUCUGGCGAGGAAUCUUCCAGAUAGUUUCAAUGAGGCCAAGCUCAUAACUUUCAGCAUGCUGAUCUUCUGUGCCGUGUGGGUAGCCUUUGUCCCCGCUUAUGUCAACUCUCCAGGCAAGUAUGCAGAUGCAGUGGAGGUUUUUGCUAUCCUGGCCUCCAGUUUUGGUCUCUUGUUAGCACUGUUUGGACCCAAAUGUUAUAUCAUCCUGCUAAGACCAGAGAGAAACACAAAGAAAGCAAUCAUAAGACAAUGUGAAUGUAUCAAAUAA